AUGACCACAGUUCUCAUCACCGGAGCCACUGGCAAACAAGGAGGCUCCGUGGUUAAGAAUCUUCUGGAGAAAAGUGCCCCUUACAAGAUCCUCGCCGUCACCCGCGACGUCAAUUCCGCUUCAGCAAAGAAACUCGCUCAAAAGUCUCCCAAUCUCACAUUGAUCCAAGGCAACCUCGACAACCCGGCGGCUAUCUUCGACAAUUUCCGCAUUUCAUUUCCCACACACGAGAUCGGGAAGCAUCUCAAAAAGAAAGCAAAAGGAACCGAUAUGGAAUGGACGAUUCUCCGACCCGUUGCCUUCUUUGAGAACUUCAAGCCGAACUACUUCGGCAACGUGUUUACGACGGCAUGGCAGAUGUCUCUGAAGGGCAAGCCGCUGCAAUUAGUCGCAAAGAGUGACACCGGGUUCUUUGCUGUGGCGGCAUUUAUGAAACCCGAGGCAUCGAAGAAUCAUGCUUUCUCGUUUGCUGGGGAUGAAUUGACGUUUGAUCAGAUGUCAGAGACUUUCAAGAAGUUGACUGGCAAGAAUGUACCGCCCACUUAUUGGAUUCCGGUUUGGUUGAUGAUGGCCGGUGUCAAGGAGCUGGGUGUGAUGUUCCAAUGGUUCCACGUUGAGGGAGAUGGUGCAGAUAUUCCGGCUUUGAAAAGGUUGAAUCCUGCCUUGAAGACAUUUGAGGAUUGGUUGAAAGAGGAUAGCCAAUUCGAGACGCGUUAG